UUCACCUGACCUUCCAUACCUAUAAUUUAGUUCAAACUUCAAACAACUAACACCAUAACUUCACUAAUAGUAAGUUUGAAGCCUAGUUAUUGUACAUAAUAUUUUGGAGGCUAACAGCCUAAUAACCAAACCACAUGCAUGCACCUUGACAAUGUCUUCGAAAGCAAGUUCAGUAUGCUUGCAUUUGCUGUUUCUACUGCUUGUAUCUGGCACUGCAGUCUCACACUGGAUUGUCAAGACUCUUCCUGGCUUCCCUGGUUAUUUGCCCUUUAAACUUGAAACUGGCUACAUUAGUGUUGGUGAAGUGGAAUUCUUUUACUAUUUCGUCAAGUCGGAAGGGUACCCGGGAGUUGACCCUCUCUUGCUCUACAUCAAUGGAGACUGCAGUGCCAGAUACAAGCAGUAGAAACAGCAGAUGCAAGCAUACUGAACUUGCUUCCGAAAACAUUGUCAAGGUGCAUGCAUGUGGUUUGGUUAUUAGGCUGUUAGCCUCCAAAAUAUUAUGUACAAUAACUAGGCUUCAAACUUACUAUUAGUGAAGUUAUGGUGUUAGUUGUUUGAAGUUUGAACUAAAUUAUAGGUAUGGAAGGUCAGGUGAAUGACCAGGGAGUCUAACUCAUGAACGUUGGUUGAAAUGUUGUUGAAACGUGCGCACCUAGAAAA